GCCAACUCGUGGGUUGACAUCGGUAGGUGACUGUUAAAUGGUAUUUUGUUCCCUUGUUCUCUGUUUUACGUAACUUGUUUGUUUCUGUACAAGAUGCCACGAUACCAAUGGGGAUUGCGAGAAAUACCAUACAGCCCCGUAUCUAACCUCGUCGUAACAGCUAAACGACGAAAGAUUGAUCGUGAAUUAGCUUUACCUUAUAACGACAUUUCGAGCAUCGACGUAAUACGCAUGAAAGAAGUCGACGAUUUGUAUAAAGGAAUACAACUUCAUCGAAGCCAAUACAAAGAUCGAACAGGAACUUUCCAUCCCUUAACGUACUUUAAGUCGACCGAUUACGAAUAUCAAUGUGCACCGGGAAUGACCACGUCGUACAUCGGCAAAUAUCCUCAAAAUUAUAUUUCAUAUAAGACUCCAAUAGUAUUACCUCUUACCUACAGCAGACGAACUAAAAUACCUGUGAUACCUGAUUUGUCGCUUACUGGUAUUUAUGACAAGAAGAGUUGUAUCGCUUACAAACGAUAAAC